AUGUGGCGGGCCGCGGGUCUACGAGGCGACAAUGGGAGCGGGGAGUUCAAAUGGCAGGCCCAGAUCCCACUUGCUACAUCGGAUACUUCAAACGACGAAAUCCGCAUCCAACGUGCCGGUAUAAAAUUCAAGCAGGAAUCGGAUGAUCGCCGCGCCGUCGAGCGCCUCUGGAAAAUUCUGAUGCAGGGGUGCCUCGUGUAG